ACUGAUGAGUUCUGUCGUUCUGUGCUUGUGUUGUGAGUUGUGAGUUAAUGUUUUAUUCACGUUCACCCCAUUUCAGUAAAGUUGUUUUUCAAAUAUGACGGAAAAAAUUAAGAAUAUUCCUGAACAAAAACUCAAAGCCUUUUCUAUUGGUACAAUGGGCAAAAGAAACUUAUCCAAAAGGGAAUUGGAAGAACAGAGGAAGAGAGAGGAAGAGAAGGCAGCAGCUCAUGUUUUUCAAGAAUUUGUUGAAACUUUUCAAGAAACUCCCAUUAAUGGAAGUUCAAAAGUUUGGGUUAAAGCUGGAACGUAUGAUGCUGGAGCUCGAAAGGAAGACAGUAAAGAUAAAGGAAAGCUAUAUAAACCCACAUCACGAAUAGCACCAUCACAGGAGUUGAUGACCUCAGCUGAACGAGCUCAAGCUUAUGCCAAAUUACUUUCUUCUGAUAAGAAACCAGAAAGGUUAGGUAAGAAGAAACCGAGUACCAAAAGUAAUUUAGAAGCAUUCAUGGAAGAAUUGAGACAGAUCCAGGAAGAACGAGAAGAGAGGCAUAAAUAUAAAGGGGUAAUUCGCACUCCAAUAGAAAAUGAAUUAGAUUUAUUUAUGAGAAGUGGCGAUAUUGGUUCUUUUGAUAAUGGUGAUCCAAAUACUACAAAUUUAUAUUUGGGGAAUCUCAAUCCAAAGAUAACUGAACAACAAUUGUUGGAAUUAUUUGGAAGAUAUGGUCCUCUUGCCAGUAUCAAGAUAAUGUGGCCUAGAUCCGAUGAAGAAAAAGCAAGAGGGCGCAACUGUGGUUUUGUUGCUUAUAUGGCAAGAAAAGACGGAGAAAGAGCACUCAAAAACCUUAAUGGAAAAGACAUACAUGGUUAUGAAAUGAAAUUAGGAUGGGGUAAAGCAGUGAUUAUCCCACCGCACCCUAUAUAUAUUCCUCCAAUAUUACUUGACAUAGCUCAGCCACCACCCCCAUCAGGUUUACCCUUUAAUGCCCAACCUGCUUUGAAAGAUAAAGAUGUGCUUCCCAAAUCUCAAGAAGAACUCAAUGAGAUACUGUCAAGGGCUGUUGUUAAAAUAGUUAUACCAACUGAUAGAAAUUUACUUAUGCUAAUACAUAGAAUGGUCGAGUUUGUAGUGAGAGAAGGACCAAUGUUUGAAGCUAUGAUUAUGAACCGAGAACUGAAUAAUGCACAGUUCAG